AGAAAGGUGGAAUGAUCAGUUAUCACACACGAUACAGCCAACGACGACAAAAAAACAAGAGCCACAAUAUGAAUCUUCUGUUAUUGCUUGUUGCAUUAGGGCUUGCAGGAGCAGCUCCCCUCGAGGACAACAAGGUAUGCCAGCCUCAUUCCAGACCGUGGCAUGUCUAUCUUGAUGGCUACAACUCCUGCAGCGGCGCUCUUAUUAAUGACCGGUGGCUAAUAACCUCCAUGGCAUGUUCACCCAGACCAUACAGUACCGUAGCAAUUUUGGGGAAACAUGAUUUGUUUGUGGAGGAAGACACUGAGCAACGCAUUCAAAUCAGCGACGUAUUCGUGCACAGCCCCUACCGCUCGCCCCUCCACAGUCUCACCCUGGCCCGCCUGGCUGAGCCGGCCCACUUCAACCAGUACGUCCAGCCCAUUCCUCUGCCCACUCGCUGCCCAAAGCCUGGAGAGACCUGCCACGUCAGCGGCUGGGGCUCCACAAUCCCAAAUCAAUCUGGGUAUAAUGGACAGAUGAAAUGCAUAACGGUGCCCAUUGUGGACGACCAGACCUGUAUGAACACCUUCCCUGAGUAUCUGUACUGGAGUUACUACAUGGUGUGUGCUGGUCAAGCAAACACUGACAACUGUUUGACUGAUGGUUCCAGUGUGAUGGUGUGUGACGGCCAACUGCAGGGUGUGCAGUGGUUCAACCAUGGCUGCCGUAACCCAGCUGACCCUAGUGUAUACAGCAAGCUGUGCCUAUACAAGGACUGGAUCAACAACAUGAUGGACCGCUACGUACCCCCCCUGCCAGAAACCACUACCAUGCCUGCAGAGACUCAUUCACACCCACAUAUGAUGUAAACACUGUCUGUAGGUUCAGAGUUUUAGAAAAAGUUUUAACAUGAACUCUG